UGUGAGUUUGCGAGUGAGCAGGCCGCUCGCUCUCUCUCGCUCACCUGCAGUUUCCUAAGCUUAGCCUGUGAUUAGUGCAGGCCUCGGACCUGGCGAACCCUGGAAAGCGGCAGUCAAGUCCUCUUUUCUCUACUCCUCCAGCUCGAGCAGGAGCCCGCCAAGCGAAGUUUGUGAAUAAGCAUAGAUGAUUAUGGAUCCAGGUGGUGGAAGUCUUGGGUUGCAGACAGAGGAAUGCAAAAUGCCUCACACUAUGAUUAUGCAGGAUUUUGUGGCUGGAAUGGCUGGUACUGCUCACAUUGAUGGAGAUCAUAUUGUUGUGUCAGUUCCUGAAGCUGUACUAGUUUCCAAUUUUGUCACAGAUGGGAUCACCCUUGAUCAUGGCUUAGCCACUGAAGUUGUCCAAGGACCUGAUAUCAUAACCGAAACUGAUGUCACAGAAGGGGUGAUAGUUCCUGAAUCUGUAUUGGAAGCUGAUGUAUCUAUUGAAGAAGCACUAGAUACCCGUGAUCAUGUUUUGACUUCAGAUAUAGUAGCAGAAACUGUUGGCGUUCCUGAUCAGGUUUUUGUGGCUGAUCUUGUUAUGAGUCCUGAUGGACAUUUGGAACAUGUGGUACAAGAUUCUGUGUCAGGAUCUGACUCUCCCACAAUGGUUUCAGAAGAGGUUCUUGUAACCAAUUCACAUACAGAAACUGUGAUUCAAACAUCUGGCACUAUUCCUGGUUCUACAGUUACUAUAAAGACUGAAGAUGAGGAUGAUGGCAAGAGCACAUCAGAAGACUACUUAAUGAUAUCUUUGGAUGAUGUUGGGGAAAAGCUCGACCAUAUUGGAAACACACCAUUAAAAAUCAACAGUGAGGUUUCACAUGAAAACCUAUCUAAAGAUGAUGGUUUUGGUUCUGAAGUUAUUAAAGUUUACAUAUUUAAAGCUGAAGCUGAGGAUGAUGUGGAAAUAGGUGGAACAGAAAUUGUAACAGAGAGUUACAAUAAUGGGCAUUCUGUAGCUGGAGUUCUAGAGCAAGGAGGUGUUGGCAGAGUACAGCGAGAGAAGAUGCUUUAUAUGGCUGUUAAGGAUUCCUCUCAGGAGGAUGAAGAUAUUAGUUGUGCUGAAAUAGCUGAUGAAGUUUACAUGGAGGUUAUUGUUGGUGAAGAAGAAGCAACAUCACUUUCCGACGCACAGCUUGAAGACUCCUGUGUGAAUAAAACUUUUGUUCCUGUUGCGUGGGCUGCUGCUUAUGGAGAUGAUAGAAGACUUCCCCGGAGGUAUGAAGACUGUCAAACACCAGGACCCAACUUGGAUGCAAGAUUAGAAAGCAAAAAUGGUAAUGCAACACAAUACCUGCAAAUCUGUGAUAGCAUUAGCACAAACAGACUUCUUAAACAGAAAGCCAAAAAAAGAAGGAGAGGGGAAGCAAGGCAGUGGCAAACAGCUGUUAUAAUAGGUCCUGAUGGACAGCCCUUAACUGUCUACCCUUGUCAUAUAUGUGGAAAAAAAUUUAAAUCCAGGGGAUUCUUGAAAAGGCAUAUGAAAAACCACCCAGAUCACAUGAUUAAGAAGAAGUACCAAUGCACAGAUUGUGAUUUUACAACUAACAAGAAAGUAAGCUUUCAUAAUCAUUUGGAAAGCCAUAAGCUUAUCAACAGAGUUGACAAAACACACGAAUUCACAGAGUACACCAGGCAAUACAGCGAAGCAAGCCCACUGAGUUCGAAUAAAUUGAUCUUAAGAGAUAAGGAACCUAAAUUGCACAAGUGCAAAUAUUGUGACUAUGAGACUGCAGAGCAAGGACUGCUUAAUAGACAUCUGCUUGCGGUCCACAGCAAGAACUUCCCUCAUGUUUGUGUUGAGUGUGGAAAAGGUUUCCGCCAUCCUUCUGAGCUCAAAAAGCAUAUGAGGACCCACACAGGGGAGAAGCCUUACCAGUGCCAGCAUUGUGUCUUCCGUUGUGCUGAUCAGUCCAAUUUGAAGACACACAUCAAAACCAAGCAUGGUACUGACCUGCCCUUUAAGUGUGAACAUUGUCCACAGAUGUUCACAGAUGAGAAAGAACUCCAGCAGCACACAGAGUUGUUUCAAGGACAUAAGACUCAUCUGUGCCCACAUUGUGACCACAAGAGCACCAACUCGAGUGACCUGAAACGACACAUAAUAUCUGUUCACACAAAGGACUUUCCUCACAAAUGUGAGGUGUGUGAAAAAGGUUUCCACCGUCCAUCAGAGCUCAAAAAGCACAGUGAAACACAUAAAGGUAAAAAGAUACAUCAAUGUAGGCACUGUAACUUUAAGACUUCAGAUCCUUUUGUACUUAGUGGGCAUAUCCUCUCAGUUCACACUAAGGACCUGCCUUUCAAAUGCAAAAGAUGCAAGAGAGGAUUUAGGCAACACACUGAACUGAAGAAGCAUAUGAAGACCCACAGUGGAAGAAAAGUCUAUCAAUGCCACUAUUGUGAGUAUAGCACUACAGAUGCAUCAGGCUUCAAGCGGCAUGUCAUAUCAAUACACACAAAAGACUAUCCGCACAGGUGUGAGUAUUGCAAAAAGGGAUUCCGUAGACCAUCAGAGAAAAAGCAGCAUAUAAUGAGGCAUCACAAAGAGGCCCUAAUAUAAUAUAUGAGCUGUAGAAGAAAGCAGUUUAGAAACUGUGAUAUUAUAAUUGGGGAACAAAAUUCUCAUGAACUGUUUCUCCUCUUUUCAAAGUUUGAUAUUAAAUCAUAACUUUACAUUAUAUGUAUUAUAAGUUUUAAAUUAUUAGGGUUUGACUGGGGAUCUCAUAGCUCUAUGAUAGUUGCUCAUCAGAACCUAAAGAACACUGUAAAAUUCAGAGAGAUGAACGUUUGAAAAGUUGUAGAAAGAGACUGAAUGUAUUCUGUUUCAAGUACAGUGGUACCUCGGGUUACAGACGCUUCAGGUUACAG